AUGGCGUCUACCUCUGAGUCCGCCGACGGCCACAACGGGCCUCAAUACCCAACAGCCCCGAUGGGAGGCAAGCCGAUGUUGGCACGUCAGCGCGCGAACGAGGAUGCACAGGCAGAGCCCAAAGGACAUGGGCGUGAUGGUAACGCAUACUUUCCGCUGGGCUACAAAGAGGGCUUCUCACAAUGGUGGGCUGGUCUCGCGCCUGCAGUCACGGAGCACAAAGUCAUGGCUUUCAUUCCGUAUCUGCAAAAGCCGCCCACGCACACGCAGACUGGCAGCGCCCCUGUGCCCGCAAACAACUCCACAUUAAGUCUCGACAAGAGCAAGAGCUCGGGAAGUGGCGAGACUAUCGAGCGAACGACCAGCAUACACGAUCCUCACGGACCGCGACAGUGGCAGAGCAAGAUGGUCGAGCUGAGUGGCAAGAACCGGGCAUUGAACGAGUUCAGCGUGGAGAGGCUGGGCGAGGAAGUAGACAAUAACCUUGUCAUGGUCCACGGCUACGGUGCAGGACUCGGCUUCUUCUACAAGAACUACGAAGCGUUGUCACGAUUACCAAACUGGAGGCUGUAUUCGCUGGAUCUCCCUGGUAUGGGUCGGAGCACGCGACCACCUUUCAGAAUCAACGCGAAAGACAAGGAAGGGAAAAUUCGCGCGGCUGAGUCUUGGUUCGUCGAUGCAUUGGAAGAGUGGCGAAAGAAGAAGGGCAUCGAUAAGUUUACACUCCUAGGACACAGUAUGGGUGGGUACAUGGCAGUAUGUUACGCGCUGAAGUAUCCUGGGCACCUAAACAAACUCAUUUUGGCUUCGCCUGUGGGCAUACCCGAAGACCCAUACGCGGUCAACGAAGAUAUGCCAGAACCCGGGGACAGCACUAUGGCGAACCAAGUCGCACAGGACGCGAGCGUGGGCACAGUGAAGGGCGACAACAAGCCACCACGGCGGCAAAUGCCGAAGUGGCUGACAACGCUCUGGGAUGCUAACAUCUCGCCUUUUUCGCUGGUAAGGCUUUCUGGACCACUUGGACCUCGAUUAGUAUCUGGCUGGACCAGCAGGCGCUUCUCGCACCUGCCCGCUGACGAGGCUCAAGCACUGCACGACUACAGCUACUCGCUUUUUCGACAGCGUGGUAGUGGCGAGUACGCGCUUGCAUACAUUCUUGCGCCGGGCGCUUUUGCACGAUCUCCCUUGGUCCGAAGAAUCCAUGGUGUAGGCAGGCAGUUCUUGGAACAACACGGAGAGCCGUCUCCAGACAACGCUUCAUCAAAGACCGAGGAAGUGCCGAGGAAAGAACGAGAGACUGGACUUCCGGUCGUGAUGAUGUACGGCGAGAACGACUGGAUGGACAUUGCCGGCGGAUAUGCUGCACAAGAGCGGAUGCGAGAGGAGAAGAAGAAGGCGCUGUCGCAAGCUAGUGAGCGUGAGAAGCAGCUCGAGAAUGGUGAGACCAAGGUCACCAUCAUCCGCAAAGCUGGACAUCACGUCUACCUCGAUGGUUACGAACAAUUCAACAACGAAGUACUGAAUGAGAUGAAGGAUGUUGAGAAGCGACAGAAGAGACUAGCAUCAUUGCAAUGA